AGUAUUUUCUAUCUGAGAGUUUUUCAGAUAGUGACUGUGUGUGAGAGAGUUUGUUUUUCAAUAACAGUUUCCAGUAUAAUGGCAAAAAUAAAUAUUUUAGGGCUCCAGGAUCAGUUCAGCUGUUCAAUCUGUUUGGAUAUAAUUAAGGAUCCAGCAGCUCUUCUCUGUGGACACAGUUUCUGUAUGAAGUGUAUAAAUAGCUGCUGGGAUCAGGAGGAUCAGAAGGGAGUCUAUAGCUGUCCUCAGUGUAGACAAACCUUCACUCCAAGACCUGCUGUGAGUAAAAACACCAUGCUGGCUGAAGUAGUGGAAACUCUGAAGAAGGCAGGACUACAAUCUACACCUCCUGCUCAGUGUUCAGCUGGACCUGAAGAUGUGAAGUGUGAUUCCUGCACUGAAGGAAAAAACAAAGCCAUCAAGUCCUGUCUGGUGUGUCUGGCCUCUUUCUGUGAGACUCACCUCCAGCCUCACUAUAAAUCUCCUGCCUUUAAGAAGCACAAGCUGGUGGAAGUCUCCAGACGACUCCAGGAGCAGAUCUGCUCUCAGCAUGACAAACUGCUGGAGGUUUACUGUCGCACUGACCAGAAGUGUAUCUGCAUGUUGUGUAUGUUAGAUGAACAUAAAGGACACGAUACAGUAUCAGCUGCAGCAGGACGAGCUGAGAAACAGAAGCAGCUGUUGGAGAUUCAGGGAAAGUCCAAGCAGAUAAUACAGAAGAGAGAGAAGGAGCGUCAGGAGCUAAAGACGGCUGUGGAGACUCACAAGCACUCAGCACAAACAGCAGUGCAGGAAACUGAAAUGAUCUUUACUAAACUGAUCAAAUACUUUGAGGGAAGAUUAUCUGAGGCAACACAGCUGAUCAGCGCUCAGGAGAAAGCUGCUGUGAAUCGGGCUGAAGAAGUCAGCAAGAUACUGGAGAAGGAGAUUUUAGAGCUGAAGAAGAGGGAUGCUGAGAUGGAGGAGCUUUUAAACAUAGAUGAUCCCAUCUAUUACCUUCAGAGUUUUCGGUCUGUCACUACAGUUGGAACUUUCAACUUGCCCAUCUUCACAUUAAAUCCUGUCCUAACUUUUGAGGAUGUAAUGAAGUCUGUGUCUCAACUGGGAGAGAAACUAGAAGAGUUAUGUACAAGCGAGUUUGAGAAAAUCCCAAAAGGAGUGACUGAUGUGCAGAUCGUACCACCUCCUCUGCCCACUAUUCAGCCCUCACCUAUGAAACCUCCCACCACUGAACCCAUAAGGGGAAAAAAUUUAUUUUCCAUGCCAUUAGUUACCACCGAACCAGUGAGGGGGGGAGGGUAUACUUUUUCAUUAUCCAGACCACUUUCCACCCCUGAACCCAGAAGUGGAGGAAAUAUCUCUUCAUCGCCCACACCACUUCCCACCCCUGGAUACAAAUUCGGAGGAAACAUAUAUUCAUCAGCCAUGUCGGUUCCCACCCCUGACCCCAUAACAGGUGUUAAUACCUUUUACAAACCACUCUUUUACAACAACUAGUUCGCUGAGCAAGUUAUUUCCAGUGAGAUCGCAACCUUUAUUACAGCAGGAGUGAUGAAGGGCCUGGAAGAAACCUGCAGAACAUUAACUCAUGAGAUUCUGUGGCAGCACACACUCUACAGCACUCCUCAGUCACUCUUUUUUUUUUUGGGGGGGGCGUAAGCACAAGUUCUUUUCUCACAUGCGCAUAUUGUAAAGUCGGUUUAACCCUUUUGGGUAUAAAGAAGAAAAAGGAUGUUUACUUUAGAUUUGUUGAGAGAAAGUUUUGUUUGAUAUCUGGAGUGCUGUAAAAGUUUUUGAUAUGCAUGUUUCACUAAAAAAUUAAUAAAUAAAACAACUGUGAUCUGCUGUUUUUUUAUUUGUAUUUAUAUAGCUACUAUGCUUAUUUACAUUUGAUAUUAUUAAAAUGCAUAUAAUUUGCAUUAUAUAUAUAUGUCGCCCUCGGCUUGCUCACCAGGGACAAACUGACCAUUUUGAAUCAUUCACAUUCCAUACAAACUUAAAUAAUUCUUUUGAUUGUGUAAAGCU